AUGAAGAAUAUUUCCACGUACAACGUGGCCAACAGGCUUGAGAAGCGAUCCUUGCUGAUCGCCAUCAAUGCCGUGGCCGGCCUUUCGAUUUUCUUCUUCGGGUAUGAUCAAGGUGUCAUGGGCGGGGUCAACACCACCCGCAAUUAUGCUGAGCUCAUGGGAUUUGGCCAUUGGGAUGCUGACGAGGGUCUCGUGAAGGUGGACGAUAGUUUGCUGCAGGGAGGCAUUGUCGCCGUGUACUACCUCCCAGGGACUCUCUUUGGGGCUUGGUUCGGUGGCUGGCUGGGCGAUCGAUAUGGUCGAAUCUUCACCAUUGGGUUUGCGGCUGCAUGGGCCAUUGCCGGGGCAUCUCUGCAGUGCUCGGCACAGAACGCCGACUGGAUGUUUUGUGCCCGAGUCUUCAAUGGCAUCGGCACCGGUAUUCUCAACGCAAUCACACCUGUCUGGGCGACUGAGACCGCCGCCUACACCUCGCGUGGCCAGUUCGUUUCCAUCGAAUUUACCCUAAACAUAUUCGGUGUGGUGGUUGCUUACUGGAUCGAGUACGGCACUUCGUUUUAUGGCGAUGGCACCUCGCCUUUUAUUUGGAGAUUCCCAAUUGCCUUCCAAAUCGUCCCGUUAAUAGGUCUGCUCUGUGUGGUUUGGUUCAUGCCCGAAUCACCGCGCUGGCUGGUCAAAAUGGGUCGCGAGGAAGAAGCUCGUUUCAUUCUCGGCCGUCUUCGAGGAGAAGUGGGCGAGGACGAGGGCAAGGCCGAAGCCGAGUUCCAAGAUAUCCGAAAUAUCUGCGCUCUUGAGGUCGAGACUUCGAAACAACAGAGCUAUAUCAGCAUGUUCUUUGGUAUUGGAUCCGGAAAUCUCCAUACGGGACGUCGGGUACAGCUGGUGAUCUGGCUUCAAAUUCUACAGGAGUGGAUCGGUAUAGCCGGUAUCACAAUUUAUGGACCCGAGAUUUUCACCAUCGCGGGCAUCAGUGCGAAGGACCGCCUUUGGGUCAGUGGCCUCAAUGACAUCACGUACAUGCUGGCAACGCUGAUCUGUGUGUUCACGCUGGACCGUAUCGGCCGACGCUGGACCUUGUAUUGGGGUGCGGUCGGUCAAGGAAUAUGUUGCUUUGCCGCCGGUGGACUUGCGCGGGCGACCCUCGAUGCAUCCCCCGGCCAAAAAACUGGCCUCGGUGCUGGAGCUACCUUCUUUGUGUUUCUAUAUACCGCCAUUUUCGGUGCGACGUGGCUUACGGUUCCUUGGCUGUAUCCUGCUGAAAUUUUUCCGUUACAAAUCCGUGCUCGCGGCAAUGCCUGGGGCGUCGUGGGCUGGUCGAUUGGUAAUGGGUGGUGUGUCCUUCUGCUGCCUACCAUCUUCAAACGCCUCAAUGAGAAGACACUCUACAUUUUCGGAGCUGUUAAUGCCUUGAGUAUUGUCGUCGUCUGGGCCUUGUAUCCGGAAACAAAUCAGCGAACCCUGGAAGAGAUGGACUUGGUGUUUGCUUGCGACAGUAUUUGGACUUGGGACGCCGAGAAGAAUUACCGCAUCCUCAAGAAAGAGAACCCUGGGCUCGUCCAGGCGGCGCAGAGGGGUCAGAGAGUGGUCGAUCCCGAAACCGGGCUACCAACCUCACGGCGCCCAUCAACCAUAUCUGGACAACGACCCAGUCUCGUCGCGCGCAGUUUCAGUCUGUCGGAACAGAAGCCAGAGAGUAACGAGAGAGAAGUGCUGGCACAUAAGUGGACAUAA